AUGGCAAACCAUCGCACCUGGCGGUUGGUGUUCACCUUGCGGCCCAUCACCAAAGAGGCUCGCGAGUGUUCGUACGAGGGAUCGGGCUCUGCCGACUCCCCGUACCUGGUGCAAUGGGCCGCCGACGAUCCGCACGACCCGCGGCGGUUCUCCCACAGCUACAAAUGGGUGUUCGUCAUCAUCCUCUCGCUCGCGACUCUGUCCGUGGCCCUCGCAUCGUCAGCGUACACCGGCGGCGUCUCGCAGCUGAUAGACGAGUACCGCGUCUCGUCCACGACGGCCUACCUCGGCGUCUCUCUGUUCGUCGUCUGCUUCGCCUUUGGGCCUCUGCUGUGGGCGUCGGCGAGCGAAAUCUUUGGCCGGCAGCCGACCUUCUUCGUCUCCUUUGGCGCGUUUACCGUGGCCAACAUUGGCGCGGCGGGCUCGCGCAGCUUUGUGGGCCUUCUCGUCUGUCGCUUCCUGGCCGGUGCGUUUGGCUCCUCGUCGCUCGUGCACACCGGGGCGGUGCUCGCGGACCUGUUCGACGUGGAGGAUCGCGCCGCGCCCCUGGGCGUCUUCACCGCGUCGCUGUUCUUUGGCCCGACCCUGGGGCCCAUCACCGGGAGCUUCCUCGGGAUGGCCUACGGCUGGAGGGGCAUUGAGUGGUUCCUCGCCAUCAUGUCCGGCUCGCUGUGGCUCCUGGGCAGCCUCACCAUUCCGGAGACCUACUCCCCCGUGCUCCUUCGUAGACGGGCGCACGCCUUGUCGGUGCUCAACGGGAUGGUGUACCGGAGCAAGGCCGAGAAGCCGGACACGUCCUACGCCACCAUUGUCAAGACGGCCUGUGUGCGUCCAUGGCUUCUCCUCAUCGUGGAGCCCGUCGUCUUUCUCCUCUCGGCAUAUCUCGCCAUCGAAUACGGCAUCCUGUACCUGCUGUUCGCCGCGUUCCCCAUCGUGUAUCGCGACGAGCGCGGGUGGUCUCCCGGUGUCGCGACUCUGCCGUUCCUAGCCGUGCUGGUCGGGAUGCUGCUUGGCGUCGCGUACUGCACCGUGUACGACAGACGACGCGCCAGGAAACAACAACAACGGAGAGAUGGUGCCGAGCGGGCGUUCGUGCCGGAGCAGAGGCUGCAGCCCGCGACGGUGGGUGCCGUGGCCAUCCCGGUAGGCCUGUUCGUCUUCGCGUGGACCAACGCGCCCGAGAUUCACUUCAUGCCCAGCGCCAUCGGCGCCGCCUUUUUCGGCUUCGGGCUCGUCAACAUCUUCAUCAGCACCAGCAGCUACCUCAUCGACAGCUACUCCGUCUUUGCGGCGUCGAGCCUGGCGGCCGCGUCCGUGCUGCGAUCGAUCCUAGGGGCCGUGUUUCCUCUGUUCACGCCAGCCAUGUACGAAGCGCUGGGGAUACACUGGGCCUCGUCGAUCCCGGCCUUUUUCUCGCUGGCGUGCAUCCCAAUUCCCUUUCUCCUCGUGCGCUACGGGCCGUGGCUGCGGUCGCGGUGCAAGUACAUGGUCCUCGCGGCGGAGACGGCGGCGCAGUUGCGAUAGCAGCCGCGUCCAGGGGGGUGGUCGAGGUGGUUGUGAGUAGAC